UGUACAGGCGUGUGUGCAGAAAAUGCUACGGAAAUCGCACGACGUGAUAUAGGAUUGACAAAACCGAACUUCGGAAUCUUUGAAUCGUUAUCUUAUCUCUCUUCCGCUCUUGUUUUUUGAAGCACAAUGCCACAAACCUUCAACAGAAGGUGACAACCAGAUGACCAGGCAGUCCGCAAAGAGUGCCUGGAGAGUUGGUCCGUCCGAGAGAGACAAUCAUCGUUUGAUCUCAAACAUGAGCAGCGAGUCCAGUUCGCGGAGUUCAAUGGGCAUGAGAGGGGCAGUGCCGCACGCGGUCGGUCAGCCCGGCGCGAUGAUGGGACCCAGAUACCCUCAAAAGGCGGUCAGCAUGCAUGCGCGGCCGUCAAGACAAAGCACGCUGGGCCGUUCCAGGCACCUGGUCAGCUGUCCCAGAUUGCUUUUAAUUUGUAUAUUGUAUCUGAUCAUGCUUGUUGCGCAGUGUUCUUGUCAGAGAGCGAGUUCCUUUUCUGACAGGGGUGCAACUGGGGGGUCGCAUUCUCCAUCGCAUCUACGCAGUGCGGAUUCUGACCAUGGUGUGGCUGGGACGCAAGAACUUGGCCAGACCUCUUGCAGACUCAGCUCAAACUUUUACAGGGUGAUGACGACGGACUGUGUUCCAUGUCCCCUGAGUAGCCCUGCUCUGUGCCCGGUGGGGACAGUACCACUAACCGAGGGGACUGGUGACAGGAGGUGUCCCUUUCUGGCGCUGGCAGCAUCAGUUAUUCCAAAUAAUAUCAUUGGGUGCAGUCAUCAGUGUCAGGUGUCGGAGAUCAGGACUGAGUGUUGCUCUGGUUACUGGGGUCCAAUGUGCAUGGAAUGUCCGGGUGGAGCUGGUAAUCCUUGCAAUCAGCGGGGGCGGUGCCAGGGUAGCGAGGAAGGGCAACAGUGCCAGUGCAAUCCAGCUUUUACUGGGGUGUCGUGUGAACUGUGCGCUAGGGAUGACGUCUAUGGCCCAAACUGUGAUGGAGUUUGCGACUGUGUUUAUGGAGUGUGUGAUUCGGGAGCAAGGGGCACCGGUUUCUGUCUGUGCGAUGCUGGCUACCAGGGACCCAGAUGUGACCAGCCCAAGAUCAGUUGUGGUGAACCUGCAUGCCAUGCAUUUGCCAUCUGUUCACCCCCGGUGACAGAUGGACAACCUCCACAGUGCGUCUGUAGUCCAGGCUACUCCGGUGAUGGACGGACUUCUUGCGUAGAGAACGAUCCGUGCCAGAACCCCAAUGCUUGCAGCACCCAUGCCCACUGCAACCACACACCGCCGGGGAGGCACACCUGCGAGUGCCUGGAGGGUUACUAUGGCGAUGGGGUGGAGUGCUACCCAAUCAAUUACUGCCAGCAGCACCCGUUCUUCUUACCCUGCCGGCCGCCCACUACCAAAUGCGUCUUCGAUGGCCCCCGGCAGUAUCACUGUGAGUGUGAGGAGGGUUAUGAGAACUACGUCUUCCCCCUCGGUUGUAGUCGGAUUGAUGUAUGCAGGGGUCCCGACGCCCCCCAGUGCCCGCCCCACUCCGUCUGCACCAUGACGGUCGAAGGCCAUGUAAAAUGCGCAUGCCUGGAAGGGUUCCGUGGUGAUGGUGAGGCUUGCUAUGGUAGUAUCAUGCAGGUGCUUCGUGAUCUCAACAGUGACCCCACGGGGACUCUGCAAGGCUCGUUGACUACAGCAAUCAACAUGUUUGAUCUAGCCAUGGGUUAUCUGCUGAGUGGCGAGGGGCUGUACACGGUCUUUGUUCCCACCGAGCAGGCCUUCCAGGAACUGGACUAUGAACUCAAUGACAGAGCUUUCCGAGAUGUCGACUUUGGCCGCUACCUGAUGAAGCUGCACACCAUACCCAACCUCUUGGAUGCGUACACGCUGAACUCGACGCAGCCCAUUCACACCCUGGCUGGCAUCCUGGCCGAAGUCGACCACAAAGACAGUAAUUUUGACGCACUGAGGUACAGACUUUUUGGUAGUAAUAAUCGGGCAAGGCUUAUCCACACAGACAUCCCUGCAGCGAAUGGAGUCAUCCACAUCAUAGACAGGGUACUGUACGAGCCAGCCCCAGUAGAAGACAACCGAAUGGAUUCAGUCACCUCUAUUCUCGCCUCAAGAAGGAGGUUCAGCCAGCUGUAUUCACUUCUGAGGAGCGUUGGCAUCAGCACUGUCAUCCCUCCAGGCGAACCCGUUACAAUUUUUGCUCCAGCGAACAAGGCUUUCAACCAGCUGCCCGAUGGCGCGCUGACUCGACUCACGUCCCCAGGAGGAAUACCUAAUUUGCGGGCGUUGCUUCGGAAUCACGUUGUUCGGGGUGCAAUGCUUCUCAUGCAGGAUCUGAUUACAACAGGAGGGGUGACGUCUUUGCAUGGGGCAACAACUUACUUUUUCAUUCAUCGCAAUGGCUUAAUUAGCGUGGAUAGGGGUACAAAUGUGACAUUUUCUGACAUUGGUGCCAGCGACGGCUAUAUUCACAGCAUGGACGGGCUGAUUGUUCCCUCAGACAUUGAUCUGCUGAUGUCUCAUCGAUGUGAUAAUCACAACCAAUCCACGGAACGGGGGCCCUGCACCCAAUGUAAUGAAACAAUGGUGAGCGCUUCUUGCCCUGUUGGAAGCGUGCCGGUCAGUGAUACCCUGACACAGAUGUGCCUGCUGGAGAGGCAAUGGGAAGGGGGAACUAUGGUCACCUUGGGAUGCCAGAUAAGCUGCUUGUGGCCGACGUUGGUGCCAGAGUGUUGUGAUGGAUUUUAUGGGGAGCAUUGCCAACAGUGCCCUGGUGGGUUUGCUGUUCCUUGUAGUGGGCACGGCCAGUGUGAUGACUUAAUACAAGGAACUGGCCUUUGCACCUGCGAUGAAAACUUCACUGGGACCGCCUGUGAGCUCUGCAGGCCAAACAUGUUCGGCGCCAGCUGUAAUCAAUCCUGUACGUGCGUCCAUGGCAUGUGCGACGGUGGGCCCCAGGGUACAGGCCACUGCAAGGGAGGCUGUGACCUGGGUUUCAUCGGAACGGAUUGCAACGUUCCCGCUGAAGGCUGCGGUCCCGAGGAUCACAUCUGCCACAAGAAUGCCACCUGCGAUACCUCAGGCUCUCAGAUCAGGUGUAUUUGCCAGGCAGGCUAUACUGGAUCCGGCCUGCACUGUGAGCCUCUUAACCCAUGCCGGUUGGCCGAACGUGGAAGCUGUCAUCGCCAGGCCAUCUGCACCUACACAGGCCCGGGCACGAGCACCUGCACCUGCAAUGACGGCUGGGCCGGUGACGGCUUUGAGUGCGAUGCGAUCGAUCCCUGCCAGGCUCCUGAUCACGGAGGUUGUGGGGAGGGAGCCAUCUGUGCCUACAUCAGUCCCGGAGUGAAUCAGUGCUAUUGUAACCUUGGUUACUAUGGCAAUGGCACAGUCUGCGAGCCAAUCAACCCUUGCCUUCUGAUGACCAACGGGGGUUGCCAUGAGCAGGCUGAGUGUGUACAAAUGGGGCCAGGUACCAGUGAUUGUCAGUGUAGAGAUGGAUAUGGAGGGAACGGUUGGCUGUGUUACCAGAGCCUUCCACUGGAAAUCGCUACAACUCCCAGCUUAAGAAGAUUUUAUGAGUUGAUUCAGUUGGCAGAAAUGGAGGAGUUCCUGGCCACUGCUCCUGGUCUCACCGUCUUCCCUCCGACCAACGAGGCAUUCCAGCACUUUGAGCAGGCCCACGGCGCAGUGUCCCAGCUCAAUGCAGCAUCAGUCGUCAAAAUGCACAUUGUGAACGGCACUUUCAGUGAGCGUGAUCUGUACCGUUUGGCCUUCGACGAUGACCAGUUUAUGCCCUCCCUCCUCCCGUUCUAUCGCAUCCAGAUCCACGACUGCGAUCACCAGCUGUGUGUGAAUGAUAUACCAGUACAGUUGUCGGACAUCCCUGCAACAAAUGGACUUAUCCACAUCCUCGGAGAGGUCUUGUGGCUGCAAGACGGCCCUGAUCAGGAUCACUUUUCACCCUCGGGGGCCUUCAGUCCUUCCGCCACGCUCUCCUUUACUCAGCUGAUCGACCAGAAUGAGGCCAACUCAACGUUCCUGGCUCUCCUGGAGCAAUUUGGCUUAGUUGACGUUAUCAACAAUGCAGGGGCAUACACUGUUUUCUUCCCCACGAACGAGGCGGUUGCUUCCUUCAAUGCCUCCAGAAUAACUAGAGACAUUCUGCAAUACCACAUAGUUCUCGGUCAGGCCUGGACUGUACCGGACAUCUACGACGGGAUGCACCUCGACAGCUCUCUGGGCCACAACUACCAACUGCGCCUCGGCAAGACCUCGGGAAACCUGUCUGUCAACGGCGUCCCCGUGGCCGGUCCCACCUUGAUUGCAGCCCAGGGGGCCGUUCACAUCGUCCCCGGGGUCCUUUUUCCACUGCCCAACAGAUGCGAUGUCAAUUACACUUCAUUAACACAGACUGCUUGCGGUAGCUGCCUUUCCCUCCCACAGUGUCCGCAGGGAGCAACACCAUUGCCAAAUUUUGGGCAGAUCCGUUGCCAGUACCAAAGAAUGUUUCCAAUCUUGGGCUUGGCAACAUUCCCCGGUUGCAGAGUGCUGUGUCGCACGAUCACAUAUGUCUCAGAAUGUUGCAGUGGGUUCUAUGGAAGCGAAUGCGCAGAAUGCCCUGGUGGGUGGUCGUCCCCUUGCAGCAACCACGGUACCUGCAGCAACGGUACCACGGGGACUGGUGCCUGCACCUGCUUCCCCAAUUACACUGGUACAGCCUGCGAGCUGUGUGAGCCAGGGAAGUACGGACCGCUCUGUGAUCAAGUUUGUGAUUGUGUGAAUGGUCAUUGCCGGGAGGGUAUCCGUGGCGACGGGAGAUGCAUCUGUAACAGUGGCUUCAGUGGUCCAAGGUGUGAUUUAUUUGCUGAGUCGUCUCCUGGUUGUUUGGCGGAAUGUGAUCCUAAUGCCUAUUGCCUUGGUCAGCAGUGCAUAUGUUACGAAGGUUACAUAGGAAAUGGAACAUAUUGUAGGGUCCACUACCCCUGCAGUGAAGAUGGAGUGUGCUCAGAGCAUGCCACCUGCCAUGUCUCCCCCGGCGGCCAGGUCCAAUGCGUGUGUUCGCAGGGGUACCAAGGCGAUGGUGUGUACUGCCAAGAGGUCAAUCCGUGUCUGGACGGGGACGACGGAGGUUGCCACGAACUCGCCCAGUGCAUACACACUGGGCCUGCCAUGAGCACCUGCCAUUGCCAGUUGGGCUACGAGGGCAAUGGCCGCACCCGCUGCAGUCCCAUCGACCCCUGCCGGGAGAAUAACGGGGGCUGCAAUGCCCGGGCGCACUGCACCCAGACGGGGCCCGCCCAGCGCAACUGCACGUGUUUCCAGGGGCACAUUGGGGACGGGCUAGAGUGCACGGGCAACAUAGCUGAGGAGUUGGCCUUGAACCCCAAUGUCAGUAAAUUUCUCUCCCUUCUUGAAGAAUAUAGAGACAUGUUGAGAGUUCUCGGUUCGGUUGGGCCUCUGACCAUCCUGGUACCCUCCAACGAGGCAAUUGAAAGCAUCAGCCAGGAACAGCUUGACGAGUGGCGAGAAAAUAACCAACUGUCCAGGGUCCUCCUGAACCACAUGGUGGGAUGCACAGCCUUCAUCACACCCAUGGUCAACGGAACAACGUCACUAACCACACUGUCAGCACAACCCAUCCACAUCAUGUACUCCUCAGCACAGGGAGUAACUGUGAACAGUCAAGCUCGCGUAACGAUGCCCAACUCUGUGAUGAGUAACGGUAUCAUGCACACCAUUGACCAGGUGCUUGUGCCUCCCUUGCUGGAUCCGAGACCAGAAUAUUUAGAGGAGCUACCCCUGGAGCUGGUAGCCCCAAACAGCACGUACAGUAUCUUCAUGAGCCUGAUGACCAGCUCGGGCCUCCUGGAUACCUUCAGCGUCGGCAUCUCCCUACCAGUCACCAUCUUCAUGCCCACCAAUGAAGCCUUCCUGGAGCUCUACCCGGGCAAGCUGGGGGAGCUGCGGGACCCGAAUAACAUCGUCAAGACAAAGGAGUACCUAUCAUACCACAUCGUACCGCACAGGACGAUUCGCACCACGCAGUUUGCUAAUCACAUGCUCCAGGUCACAACCCUGCAAGGCUCCAACAUAAGCAUUGAAUGCCACAGAUACCAGGGUUUUUCUGUGAAUCAAGACUCAAAGAUCAUUGACACGGAGACAUCCUUUCGUGGCGGCAUGUACUACGGCUUGGACAUGGUCCUUGAACCCCCCAGCAUUGGUGGUCGCUGUGACAUCAUCACUAACCACACAUUCUCAACUGACUGCUAUUCCUGCAGGAGAACCAUCCCAUGCCCCUUGGGAUCCAUACCCAUCAGCGAGAACAUCGCGGACUGCUUCUACUCUGUGGGCUGGUACAACUACCAGCGGGGCUGCCUGCGUCACUGCCUCAAGCAGGAGAUUCAGCCGCAUUGCUGUAGCAGGCAUUACGGCGCUGACUGCAGAGAGUGUCCCGGCGGCAAGCGGAAUCCCUGCAGCUGGCAUGGCGAGUGCAGCCAGGGCAUCGAGGGCACCGGCCAGUGCGUCUGUGAGGAGGGCUUCACAGGAGUGGCCUGUGAGCGGUGCCUACCGGACCGUUACGGACCGAACUGUGAAGAGUGCCAGUGUACCAGCCAUGGUCAGUGCGUUGACGGGCUCUCGGGCACUGGCCGUUGCUUCUGUGACAUAGACUACAUGGGCACCACCUGCGAGACGCGUUUGCUGGUUACACCAACGUGCAACCCGUAUUGCCACAUCAAUGCCGUGUGUCGCCCAGGCAACAUAUGUGAAUGCCGCCCCGAAUACUACGGUGACGGUUACUCGUGUACAGAGAUCAACCAGUGCAGCUUUGACAACGGCGGCUGUAGCAUAUAUGCCGACUGCACCCAGGUGGGCACGGAGGUCACGUGUUAUUGCCACAACAAUUACGAAGGCGACGGUUACAUCUGCCAACCCGUGGACCCGUGCAUGAUGAACAACGGCGGCUGCCACCCGGAUGCAAUCUGCCAGCUGACCGGUCCGAAUUCCCGAUCCUGUGCCUGCUACCCCCCUCUGCAGGGCGAUGGAAUAUCCUUCUGCACAGCACCACCAGAGAGACCCCCACUGGCCUGUUCCAUUGACAACGGAGGGUGUCACGAGAAUGCCCUAUGUUUUGAUGACUCGGACAAUCCUGUGGGACCGUCGUCAGACUCUGCCAGGAUGGGCUCCCGCACCCCACCACCCCGUGCCUCCCAACGGCCACGUCCCACCCCAUCCUCCUUCGGGAGGCCCCGGCUGGACAACGGAGGCCUGUCACCCAAGGCGGGCCAAGGGGUGAUCUGCAAGUGCAAGGAGGGCUACGUGGGCACGGGUGUGCUGUGCAACGGCAACGCCUUCGAAACACUGGGCAGCAUGAAGAACCUGUCCAUCUACUACCGCGCCAUCUCUGGUUAUGCAAAGAUGUACCCCGAGGGGCUCCAGCUGGUGGACACUCUGAAGAGCGAGACUUCAAUUUUGACCCUCUUUGUCCCCAUCAAUACCGCCAAAUUGGCUAACACGACGUUCACCCCUAACCUGAUCGGGAACCACAUCGUGAGUGGUCAGGCAUACCAUAAGGACCACUUAGUGAAGGGAGCGACCAUGACUGCUUGGUCCAAGGGCAGACUGACGGCGGAAGUCUCCACCGAUAAGAAAGUCAUGCUAAUCAACAAGGUACCUGUCAAGGUUUUUGACAUUCCGAUGAGCAACGGUGUGCUGCAUAUCGUAUCAGAGCCCAUCACUGUGGACACGCCCAUAUGGAACCCCAAAAAUCGAUCUGGGGACGUAUCAGUCAGCAAGGUGUUUGCAGGGAUCCUCAUCACGGUCUUCGUCAUCCUACUCAUUGUAGUGGUUGGCAUUGUUGUCUGCAUCAAAGUGAAGAGGAAACAGCACUCCGAUACCCUUCCCGUUAUCUCAAGAUACAGUGUGAACGGGGGCACAGAGGACGGCAGUGUGACUUUCAGUCGCAGCAACAUGGUGUCCGAGGAGGAUGAAGACGAGGAGUCAGAGAAGGUAUUCCGCAAUCCCACAUUCCACAGGCGGGCUUAUAACACAACGGACAUGGACAGCGAAACUAUAGGCUUUGCCGAUCUUGACUUCACCAGAGCUUAUUAAAACCCCCAAACAGCCGAGGCCAUUAACAUAGUUAACGGGCAUAAGACGUUGUGAAUCCUCGAGUGAAGUGACGGUGCUAAUCAACUUGUGAGGUGUAGAGAGGCGCAGCUGGUUAUGAUAGCGUGUCCCGUUCUACAUGGCAUCAUCGGCACCUGUUGUACCAUGGCCAAGUGAUGCUAUUACCUGUAGUUUACAAACAUUGCUAGAUGCAGCCCAGCUGUGGGGGCCUCUUCUACGCAACACCUUUGUACGACAACCUUGUCCACUCUCAACUCUUAAGACCUCCCCCUCCGUUCCAGCAUUUCUGAAUCGCACUGGAUCGCCACUGUGAUUGAAUUGCACCUGUUAUUAUGUUAAGCGUCAGGAUUUGUGCUUCCUGUGCAGAGGCAUAAGUUACUUAUAUUUGCAUUACUCAUUACAAAUGAAGUGACAUAAAGUAAAGAGAAAGCCCUUCCCCUAUCAAACUUAAAUGCACAGAGCACCUCUGUAAAAAAAAAACCAAAACUAAAUCAAGUGAACGUCUUCCUCUUGACUGUUGCGUGUUUACUUUUUUGUAAAGAAAGUCUUCAUGGAACAGCUGUUGAACUUUUUCAGCAGAUUUUAUUGUGUCUCCUUGAUGAGAAUGAUAUUUGGGAACAAAAUGUGUGCUAGAUGUGAGAAAUGAAAAAUAGUUUCUAUUACUAAGAUAUUAAAAGGGCUGUAAAUUGUUUAUGUAAUAAACAUUAAAUUAAAGAUUAAACAUCAGGAUUAGGAACUUAUUGAUUCCAAGUGAGCCAAGAAAUUGAAUUCUUCUAGUUUCAUUGUUGACCAGCUGACAUUGUCAUCUGAAAAGAAGAACCUUUUUCUAAAAACCCAUUUUGAGGUAUUAGAAAUUGAUUUGUAUCCACUGUGCAAGUAAAGAUUCAUGAUGUGCACAUCUGCAGCUUUAGCUCUGGCAAACUUGGAUUCUUGAUCCGGAUUGGCCGGUCCCUAGUAACAGUAACCAUGUUGCAUCCCCCGUGUUCACACCAAGGCAGUGUGCUCUGAAGUAAAAAAAGAAAGAAAAUGGCGAUGUUUCAGCCAAAGUGCUCUGCAGCAAAGAGAGCUCACUCCAUUUCAGAUUAGAAAAAGUGAAAGCAAACUGAAGCAGAACAUGUAUUUUUGAACUGCUUCUGUUAUGUUGUUUGUUCACAAUUUGUCAAGUUUGCUUGAAGGUUUGAAGGUAUUUUUUGUCUUGUAAGCAUUGGUAGUAUACAGAACACGUGUCCAUUUUUACUACACUCUCACCGUGGAUCCCAAAGGUUUUAAUCAGUCAGAAGAAUCUGUAAUUAUUUAAAAAAAACAUUGUCCUACAAUUUAAAAAAGCAAGCUUUCUCAGCAAAGUUUGUCUAUAAAUAUUUGAUUUGGAAUUACUUAAAUCAGCUCGUCGAUCAGUGUAGAUAAAACCUGAAAUUAUGCAUAACAGUUGUACAUUCUUAAUUGACCAAUAUCAUGUCUAAAAAUUGAUUUUUUUUAAAAAUAUGUCAUUUGUACGCAAAGAAUGCAUGAAAUUGAUGGAUUGAAAAAAAAAAUGUGGUUGUAGACCAGUAAAAUCACUUUUUUUAUUAGCAUUUAAUUGAUGUGAUUUAGCAAUUGUAACUUCCAGAUUUGUUCUUGUACCCCUAUUUCCCACAUGUUGAAAGCACAGCCUCAUUUCAUAGAAAAUCAACAGUUUUUUCAACCGGCAGUAUUUGGGAUUAUGCCAAGGAAGUAUUUUUAUCCAUUUUUAAUUAUGAUUUAUGUCACAUUUAUUUGACUUUUUGUAAAGUAUUAUGGUUGAAUGAGUCGUAGUAACAGCCAAUAUUGAGUGGCACGUUUUCACUGCAGUUUUAAAAACAUUCCCAACUCUCCCUGGCCAGAGGUCGUAUGCAAAUGCUUCCCUAGUCUGGAUUCACGUCUGAUGCCGUGCAUGAUUUCUGGCCCUCCAUGGGCCAAACACCGCUGUAUUUGCUACCAGUGGUUAAAUUAUAAUAGCUGGAAAAACAUCAGACUUGAAUCAAGGCUUGCAUUUCCAUGACUGUUCAUGUAUUGGGCAUCUGAAUUGGUGUUCCACACUAGAUGUGCACCAUUUCCAUAAAUGCAACAUGCCAUACUUUUUCUUUUCGUCUGUAAGCCUCCUUCCAGCAUAUUUUGUAGAUAUUUACUUUAACACAGUUUUUUGUGUUUCUUGAGUGCAAUAAUGACAUCACGCUUAACACAGGUUUACACAAUACUUUGCUGCUUUGCUCUGCAUGGUUCUGUGUUUUUUUAUGGUUUGUAUAUUUCUGUAGUGUGCUUUCAAUUUGUUAUUUAUUUUUAUACUAAAGUAAAGCUUGUAGAUUUUUGUUGGAAGGGCAUUUCUCUUUUGGAUUCAGUUGACAAGUAUAAAUGUGAAGGCUUCAUUAAUGCUUGGCUUUCGUGGGACUCUUAUUAUAUCAGUUUGUAGAAAAAUAUGUUCCCAUUAUUUACAUUUUAGUAUGGCAUAGACGUUAAGCAUUAAUCUUAACCCUAAAAGAGCUGGUGGGUGGGCAGAAUCCCACCUUGACAUUUUUUUCCAAUAUCAUUGCAGUGCAGUUUCUUCAGGAGCUGAACUUUUGAAGAGUUUUUAGAGUAACUCUUUUUGAUCAUUUUGACACCAGUUGUAUGAAAAUUGAAUAUAUUGUGCUUGUGCAGCACGCAGGCCAGCGAGAAAUGCAUAUUUUUCCACUACUGUGUUCAGUGCACACGUACUGGCACGCAUGUAGCCUUGAACUUCAAAUGACCAUACCAACAAAAUCAUAUGUCCGAUUAAGUUCAAACUUCACAUUUGUAAUGAUAAGGAGCGUCUUUACAAGCAUGGCAAAUUUAAAAAAAAUCGAGUGUGGCACUGCCGAAUCCUGUGAGAUGCUUCAAGAUAACCUAGCUCUUUGAGAGUUAAUCAUUAUUACCUGGACAUGGGCAUUUUUACAUUAAUUUCUCACUCCACUGCCAUAACUAUUUAUCACAUUAAGCAUGGCUAAAUGAAACUUUAUACAAAAGAUUUUUCAUAGGCAUUAAUCUUAAAAGCUGCUGGUUUUAUUUUGGCAGAAACUGACACUUGUGACUUUAUUUUGUCCUCUUAAAGACACCUUAAAUUUUAUUUUAGCUAUGGAUGUUUAUUUUGUGUAGACUGUCAACAUAGGAAGGGCUCUUUUCAUUAGUUUGUUUGAUGUUUUUUUGGCUUUUUUGGCGGGAGAUAUUUUGCAGAUAGAAACAGUGCAGCCACAGAAACCCGAUAAACUGCAAAUAAGAUUGUCAACUCUUGCCUUUACAAACAUGUGGGCUGUAGUUUUUUAUUUUCAGGGGAAAAAAGCAAACAGAAAUGUUUGUUUUUUGUUCGUAUUUGGAUGUGUCAGGAUUUAACAAUGCCAUAAAAUACACGAUUCUUAGAUAAAAUUUUCUCACAAAAAAUGGGAAAUCAGCAGCAGUGUUGGCCUUUAAAAUCUACGGCAACACUCGGUAGCAAAGUUGGAAGUGUGUACUAGUAUUUUGCUGCCCCUUAUAAAAUUACGAUUUGGAAGUUUAAUUGUUUCAAGAAUGGUUGAAAUAAAAACAAGUUAAUUGAGAAUAUA